AUGUUGGCGCUCAUCGUGAAAGCAUACAUAAUCUGCUCAUUGGUAAUAUCACAAACGGCAGAUCGUAAAGAAGACGAUGAAAACAUCGUGGAAACUGAACGUGUUCCGAACAUUCCAGUGAUAACUGAUUACAAUCGUAUUGAUUGCUAUCCUGAACCUGGUGCAAGUGUAGAGCGAUGCAAAGAUCGAGGAUGCGAAUGGGUGGAAUCAUCUAUUGUUGGAGCACCCUACUGCUUUUACAAUAGAACUACUGGUUACGUGAUGAGCGCUGAUCAAAGCACUUUGCAACCGGCACCAGACAGCAAAAACCCUUAUUAUGCGAACAUCCCAGUUAAGUUCGAAACGAAAUAUUACGGCAAGACGCUCAAUGUGAAGAUAUCAGUCAGCGGAAGGUAUGAACCACUGGUAAGUUUCUCGAAAGAAGCAUCGUCAUCGAUCGAUGAUUUGGUGGUGAAGAGAAGUUCGAAUGCGCCCUACGAUACAUUUGCCUUUACGGUUGAACGGACCAGCACACAAACAAAGAUAUGGGACACAAGCAUCGGUGGUCUUCUGUUUGGAGACCAGUACAUCCAGAUAGCUACUUACUUGCCAUCGAAGAACAUAUACGGUUUUGGUGAUAAUAUUCACAAACAUAUAAAGCACAAUAUGACUCGAUAUACAACGUGGCCGAUGUUCUCAAGGGAUAUGGCACCGGAUUCAGUAUCUGAACUUAGUGAGCGUAAUUUAUAUGGUGUUCAUCCGUUUUAUAUGUGCAUGGAAGAGGAUGGUCGAGCACAUGGUGUCUUCAUUAUGAACAGCAAUGCUCAGGAAGUUACGCUCGGUCCUGCUCCCCAUCUCAUCUAUCGCACGAUAGGUGGUAACAUUGAUUUGUAUUUCUUCCCAGGACCAACACCUGAAGAAGUCAUUCAACAGUAUCUCGCUUUUAUUGGCAAACCGUUUAUGCCAGCGUAUUGGGCUUUUGGAUUCCAGCUAAGCAGAUGGGGUUACGCCAGUUUCGAUGAUAUGACAGCAGCUGUUAAAAGAACAAGAGACGCUCACAUUCCUCUUGAUAUGGUUGUAGUUGAUAUCGACUACAUGCAACGCUAUAAAGAUUUCACCUUGGGUUGGCCACAACUACCGCACUACGUUGACGGACUGCACAAGGAUGGUUUGCGACUCACGAUUAUAGUUGAUCCAGCAAUUCAAGUUAAUUAUGCUACAUUUGAAAGAGCCAUGAAUUUGAGUGCAAGAUUCGUUGAAUGGCCAGAAAAGUCAUAUGUUGAAAGCAGCGUGAACGAUCUAUAUCCAGUCACCAAUGGGACACUGUAUAUGCUUGGUAACGUUUGGCCUGAUAAUAACACGGCUAUGCCUGAUUUCAUGGAUCCUUCAGGCAAUACUGAAAAGUGGUGGAUUAAUGAGUUUAAACUAUUUCACGAAAAGCUUCCUUUCGACAACUUAUGGAUCGAUAUGAACGAACCAUCAAACUUCGAUACUAUGCCUGAAUCCAAAUCAAGAAUGAAGAGAGAAGUGGACCCCAGAUAUCGCUUGAAAUGUCCGGAUAUUGGGGAGAAGGCCAAAUAUGACAACCCAAAAUACCUCACAUGGGGAUCCUACGUAUAUGGCAAGGACAACUACCUGUUCUCAAAAACCGAAUGCUUAUGCGGUAAAGUAGCAGGUGGUAAAGAAUUAUUGUACAAUACACACAGUUUGUACGGACUUUGGAUGGCACAUCGCUCGCAAAAGGUUCUAGAACAAGUUCUCAAUACACGAGGAUCAAUGAUCUGCCGCUCCACGUACUCUUCAUCGGGACGUUAUACGGGACAUUGGCUCGGUGAUAAUUCAGCAAACUGGGAAGACCUUCAAACAUCAGUUAUCGGUGCUAUGGAAUUCAAUUGGUUUGGAAUGCCAUUCGUAGGCUCAGAUGUUUGUGGAUUCAUCGGUAACACCACUGAGGAGCUAUGUCUCAGAUGGCAACAAAUGGGCGCAUUCCAUCCAUUCACAAGAAAUCACAACAUAAAAGGAGCAAAACCUCAGGAUCCGGCUCAAUGGCCGUCUGUUGCAAAGGCUGCAAGACAAGCCCUCCUAUUUAAAUACCAUUACCUUCCUUACUUAUAUACGCUUUUCUAUCGGGCAACAUUACACGGUCACACUGUCAUAAGGCCUCUCUUCUUCGAGUUCCCAAGCGAUCACCAGACAUAUGAACUCAGCUAUCAAUUCAUGUGGGGAUCUGGAAUGAUGAUCAUCCCAGUUGUGUUCAAGGGAGCUAAAUCAGUAGAUGCUUAUAUCCCAUCAACAGCGACAUGGUAUUCAUUGCGUGAUAAUGAUUAUGGAUCAUUGGUCAAAGGAUCGCCGAACUGGAAGACGUUCUCGGCGCAGUGGGAUGAAUUGAUUCCAGUUCUUGCAAGAGGUGGUGUUAUAAUGCCACGUCAAGCUGGUGCUGAAGUAUUACGUGACGCUCGAAAGAAUCCUUUCGAGUUGCUUAUUCCACUUGGUACCGUUUACCAGAUUGGCACUAAAGGAGAAACGAAGCCAGCUGAUGGUGAGCUGUUCUGGGAUGAUGGUAACAGUCCUCUGUCAGAAGAUUACUUCUACUUCAAGAUGAAUUUCUCCACAACUGACAGCCAGGCUACGCUUAUCAUCACAAGGCAACAUGCUGGAAAAGUCGCACUACCGACCCUGGAUAUCAUCGACAUUUUCGGUUACUAUUAUCUUCCUGAUUUGAGCACCUUGCAAGUGAACGGAAAGCCCGUGACUGCCGAGGGGAGUAUUAAUGCGACCAUAAACUUCUUGCACAUACAACGUAAAGGAUUGCUAGAUAUCACAAAAGAAGCGAAAUACACCAUUACAUGGAAUCACAAGUUAGCAAUUCAUAUUUCUCUCACAGUGACAACACGUAUGCUAUCGAAGAACGAUAGCGCGCUAUCGCUAUUCCGCUAUCGAAAAGAAGUCCGCUAUUCUACUAUCGCUACCGCUAUUACCCCCGAAUCGAUAGCGGGGCGCUAUCGCUAUUGCCUACUCCAGAAACCUCAUAACGCCACUAAAUUAUUGAAAAUUUUCGUUGAUGAACAGGCAUUUUUGAAAUGA